UUAAAAUAUAUUUUGGUUUCCUUUCGAGUGCAACUGAUUUACUUUCAUAUAUUUUUCUCGCAAUUUGAUUAAACUUUUUUACUAUUUACAUACAAAAUGUCUACUACUACUACUAUAAAUAAAUUGGCAUUAGCUGAAUAUUCCGCCGAAUUGAUGGUGUAUUUCGAAAAACAUAAAAUUAUCGAAAUUAUAACGCGUUUAAUGGUUGAAAUUGGCUUGAUUCGUCCCACUAAUCCACAAAACUGGAUCGCUACCAAUAUUCGGCGCAUUGCAGAUGAGUUUUAUCAUAAGUGUUUAAAAGCAAGCUAUACAUCCAGCAAAAUUGAUUAUUACCAAUUGCCGCGACAUUUUCACCAUCGCAUAGUUAUAUUUGGACGCAGUGGCUCGGGUCGCAAAACUCAAGCGCUGGCGAUAGCAAAACGUUUUAAUUUAAUUUAUAUUGACGCCGAAAAUUUGAUUUACACAACUUUCUUUCGAAACGAUGAAGUCGCACAAAAGUUACAUAAGGCAUUCUUAGACAAUGUGGCAAAGGAUAAAUCGUCUGCGGUAUCAAAAGCCAUACAGCAGCGCUUAUUACAAAUAGAUGCCCUACGACAAGGUUGGGUAUUGAUUAAUUAUCCACGAAAUGUGGAGGAAUUCACCGAGAUGUUUGAGACCUACAAAAUACCACCCAACAAACUUAUUUAUUUGCAAUGUCCGGAGAUAAUGGCGAUGCGACGCCUAGUUGCAAAGCCAAAUUUGGGGUGCCCGCAAAAUACUUGUGAAUAUAUAGAACAUGAGAUGGCAUAUUUCUCACAAAACGAAACAGCAAUAAACGACUACCUGCAACGUCGCCAUGAGACCAUCUAUAUAGACUCAACACCUUGUUUUGAGGCUGUGCGUACAAACUUAUGGACACAAAUGGAGCGUUUGCCUUAUGUAAUGGGUUAUAAAAUGUAA